AUGGCGGCCGGGGUACUUUAUACUUACCCGCAAAACUUCCGUGCUUUUAAGGCGUUGAUCGCCGCACAGUAUUCUGGAACCGAUUUAAAAGUUGCACCCGGUUUUGUAUUCGGUGAGACCAAUAAGUCUGAGGAUUUCCUGAAAAAAUUUCCAGCAGGCAAAGUGCCGGCUUACGAAAGUUCUGAUGGGAAAGUUCUUCUUACGGAAAGCAAUGCCAUCGCUUAUUAUGUUGCAAAUGAGGCCCUCCGUGGUGAAGACCUUGAAACGCGGGCACGCAUAUGGCAGUGGGCUUCAUGGGCAGACAGUGAACUGUUACCUGCUUCCUGUGCCUGGGUCUUCCCCUAUUUAGGCAUCAUGCAGUUCAACAAAGUGAAUGUAGAGCGUGCGAAGAGUGAUCUUUUGGCGGCACUUCGGAUGCUAGACGAGCACUUGCUUACACGUACCUUCCUUGUCACCGAGCGUGUCACACUUGCCGACAUCAUUGUCUUCUCAUCAUUGCUACAUGCUUUCCAGCAUGUGCUAGAGCCAAGUAUGCGGUCUGAUCUGGUGAACGUGUCCCGCUGGUUCUCGACGCUGGCGCACCAGCCGAAGGUGGCCGCGGUCGUUGGAGAGCUCACACUCUGCUCUGCAGCUCCGGUCUACGACCCCAAGAAGUACCAGGAGCUCACACAUGCUAAGAAGGACAGUUGCAAGAAAGACAAGAAGGCAGAGAAGAAGGAACAGCAAUCUAAGAAGAAGGAAGAAGCUCCCCCGGCCGAACAGGUUGAGGAUGAGGAGAAACCCAAAGAGUCGAAAGAUCCCUUCGACUUACUCCCAAAAGGAACAUUUAACAUGGAUGACUUCAAGCGCUGCUACUCUAAUGAAGAUGAGGCGAAGUCCAUCCCCUACUUCUGGGAGAAGUUUGACCCUGAAAAUUACAGCAUCUGGUAUGCUGAGUACAAGUACCCUGAAGAGCUUUCAAAGGUCUUCAUGAGCUGUAAUCUGAUCACUGGCAUGUUCCAGCGACUGGAUAAGAUGCGCAAGCAGGCGUUCGCGUCGGUGUGCCUGUUCGGCUCCGACGACAACUCCAGCAUCUCCGGCGUGUGGGUGUGGCGCGGACACGAGCUCGCCUUCAAGCUCUCGCCCGACUGGCAGAUUGACUACGAGUCAUAUGACUGGAAGAAACUAGAUCCUAAGAGUGAGGAAACAAAGAAGCUAGUCCAGGAUUACUUCUCAUGGAGCGGAGUCGACAAACAGGGCCGCAAGUUCAACCAGGGCAAAAUCUUCAAGUGA